AAAAACAUUCCUGUCCUACACUGUCCCCCCUUGCUGACCCCUCACCCUGCCCUGAGGGUGGGCAUUUCCGGUGAUGUACUUCCGGUGUCAUGGCCGCUCAGAGAAAACGGCUCCAAAAUGAGCAGCCGAGUUGGACGGACGAUCUGACCGUCUGUCAACUGUCAGGAAUUGGUUAUGGCACAAACCGUGUCUACCAGGUGGACGGCAGCAGCUCUGAAGGCCACACUUUGGAGGAUGGUUGGCUGCGAUUUCGUGAGGAUGAGUGCUACCUGUACGGGGUCUUCAAUGGAUACGAUGGGAGUCGAGUCUCUAAGUUUGUAACGCAGAGGUUGACAGCAGAGCUGUUGCUGGGACAGCUGACUCUCAGUCACAACGAUGCUGACAUCCGCAAGGUGCUAUUGCAGGCCUUUGACGUGGUGGAACGCAGUUUCUUUGAAUCAAUUGAUGACUCUCUGGCAGAAAAGGCCAACUUGCUGUCUCAACUUCCUGAGGGUGUUCCUCACUCCCAGCUUCCACAGCAGUAUCAGAAACUCCUGGAGAAACUGAAUAAAGUUGAACAGGAGAUUGCAGGAGGAACAACUGCCAUUGUGGCCCUCAUUCUCAACAACAAACUCUACAUUGCCAAUAUAGGCACCAACCGAGCAUUACUGUGUAAAUCUACUGCAGAUGGACAACUUCAGGUGACUCAAGUUAGCGUUGAUCACACAACAGACAAUGAGGAUGAGCUGUUCCGACUGUCGCAGCUCGGUUUGGACACAGCAAAAAUAAAACAAUUUGGGCUGAUUGGAGGUCACGACAGCAGUCGCAGGAUUGGAGAUUACAGAAUGAAAUACUGUUACAAUGAUGUGGAUACGCUGAGUGCUGCCAAGACGAAGCCAGUCAUUGCAGAGCCCGAGAUACACGGAGGACAGUCCCUGGAUGGAUUGACAGGCUUUCUGGUCUUGAUGACCGAUGGAUUGUAUAAGGCUCUGGAGGCAGCUCAUGGUCCAGGACAAGCCAAUCAGGAGAUUGCUGCAAUGGUGGCGACAGAGUUUGCCCUGCAGAGCUCAUUGGACGCUGUGGCCCAGGCUGUGGUUGACCGUGUUCGACGGAUACAUCGUGACACUUUUGUCAGUAGAGGUGAAAGGUCAAAGUUCUGUGACAAACACGAGGACAUGACCCUCCUGAUACGAAACUUCAACUACCCUCUUGGGGAGAUGAGCCAAUCAUCCAUGAGCCCUGCACAAGGGGGUCGAAUCUAUCCAGUCUCUGUUCCUUACACUAGCACACAGGGAACUCUGGGAAAAACCAGUGUCACACUCUCCCUAGUGAUGCCAUCGCAGAAUCAGAUGAUGAAUGGUAACCAUAGCAGCUCGACGGGAGAUGAGACAACACCCACACUCACCAACAGGAUGAAGAUGCGCCGACGCCGUGUGGUUCUGGUUCUGUGUAUGGCAGGACUAUGUCUCAUUUCCUUCAUGCACUUCCUCAAAGCCCUGUCCUACAUCACGUUUUCCCAUGAGCUGUCUGCCUUCAGCCCUUCUCUCCGGUCCAUCUUCGUCAACUCUCAGUUCUUCUGGAAACCGAAUGCUGUGGAGGAUGUAAAUACUAGCCCUGGGCUACAGGUCACCGUGAAAGCUCAGAAUGGAGCCCGCCCACCAUUACACAGAGCCCUGUUUGAACUGAAAGAUGACGAGACAAAGUACUUUGUACAAACCAAAGCAGGAGCCAUUUGUUUUAAGCAGGGCACCAAGAUGGCGGCAGGAUCCGUGGAGGGUGCAGUUGACUGGGACCACAACGCAGUGGACAAGCAGUUGGCACAGAAGAUGGCAAACAGGGGUUUUAGUGGAAGGCCUAGGCGCAGGUGGGUGGGAUGCCCUUGUCUCCCAGGCUGGCAUGGACCAUAUUGUGGGGUGCCCACCAUGGUCCAGUAUUCCAAUCUGCCAACAAAAGAGCGUCUGAGCCCACGACCGAUGCCUCGCAGGGUGAUCAAUGCCGUUAACAUAAACCAUGAGUUUGAUCUGUUGGACGUCCGGUUUCACGAGUUGGGCGAUGUGGUCGAUGUCUUCUUAAUCUGUGAGUCCAAUUUCACUGCCUUUGGGGAGCCCAAGCCCCUGAAAUUCAUAGAGAUGCUCCAGAAUGGGACAUACAGUUACGUGGGCAACAAGAUCCUGUACGUGUUCCUGGACCAUUUCCCCAGCGGAGGGAGGCAGGAUGGCUGGAUCGCUGAUGAUUACUUAAGGACCUUCCUGACCCAGAACGGUAUGAGCCGGAUUAUCAAUUUACGGGAUGAUGAUAUCUUCCUCAUCAACGAUGCUGAUGAGAUUCCAGCUCACGAUGGUGUGCUGUUCCUCAAACUCUUUGAUGGUUGGACCGAACCCUUUGCCUUCCAUCUGCGGAAGUCACUGUACGGUUUUUUCUGGAAGCAGCCAGGGAGCCUGGAAGUGAUAUCAGGCUGUACUGUGGCCAUGCUCUUCAUGGUUUACAAUGGAGAUGGGAUUAAAUUGCGGCGGCGGGAGUACUAUUUGAUGCCAAACUUCCGGCUGUAUGAGAACAGCACUGGACAUAUCCUGGUGCCCUGGGCAGUAGGUAGUCCCCUUCACUUUGCAGGCUGGCACUGUUCCUGGUGCUUCAAACCCGAAGGCAUCCGCUACAAGCUGCUGUCUGCACAGAAUGGAGACUUCCCCCGCUGGGGGAAUUACCAAGAGAAAAGAGAUCUGAACUACAUUCGAGAGUUGAUUCAGACAGGUGGCUGGUUUGACGGCACUGAGCAAGAUUACCCUCCUGCAGACCCCAAAGAACACAUGUACGCUCCCAAAUACCUGCUGCAAAACUUUGACAAGUAUCGAUACAUCUUGGAGAAUCCAUACAGGAAGGAGAACUGGGAUCAGGAAACUGCAAUGUACAAUCAGACUGGGAAGAUUACAUAGUGACCACUGGCAGUGAUCCCCCACCUGCCCAGCAGAGGGGCUGAGUGACUGUGUGCAGCAUCUACUGUCUGGGAUUGUGCCACUACUGGAACUCCUUGUGCUGUGUUUCUGACUCCGUCAGCUAUGACACCAGCACCCCUUUCCUCACCACAUUUGCCAUCUUGAUUUUCUUUUCUUGCGGAAUUUUCAGCUUGGGGCAAAAAUGGUUUCUAUUCAGAUUCUGAUUUUAAGAUUUCUUUUGAGUACUAAACUCACUUCUCCUCUCUUCCCUGCCUCCUAAGGAGUUGUGAGAAAUGAAGUGCAGUGCACUGUGACAGGGCAGUGUGAACCCAACUGUCCACUGCUGGGGUGGAGACCAAUGACAGUCUGUGGGUUUGGAUAGACUGAGCUGCGCCUUGGCUCCUGUGUCAUGUAAAGGAGUCGAAUGUAUGUUUUUGUUGUAAAUACAAUUGCUGCUGGGUUAGAGAGGGAUCUGAAAUAUUCACUGGCGAUGGGUGGGACUACGCCAUGGCCUGUUCCUGCUGAAACCAGCUCUCUGGCCAAGAGCUCUUACACUUGGGUUACACAAAACUACUGAAGUAUGCCCUUACAAAGGGCAAGAGGGAAAUGGGAGGAUAGAGUGGUGCAUUCAUGUGCCUGCUGCCCUGGCCCUGCCCUCCCCUGGGUAGACUUCCAUUUGUGAUCUGCCCAGUGUAAAGUUAGUGAAUGAUCUCUUGGUAUCUCAGAGACCUCCCUUGGUCUUGUUGGAGAGAUGAGAGCAUUUGUGCGAGGAGUUACUUUGGGACAGGCCAGAGCUGCUUCCAAAUCGCAACCACAUCUUGCUCUUAGUCAAUCACAAGGAAGGAUGAUGAGGCCCACAGUGCCACGUGCUGUACCUGCAGCUGUUACCAAAUCCCAGCUUCCUCAAUCGGUCUCCCUGCAGCACCAGUGAUGAGCUGCCAAGUGACUGUGUCUCACUAGUCAGCACAUAUCAAGACCAUGGUGAGUAGAGCAUAUACAGGUAACAGUCCAGGAACAUGGGUGUGCAGCACUGGAGUCAGGAUAGGAGCUAAACCUUGGGCCAAGGAGUUGUCUCCAGGGGAAGGUCGUCCUUCUCCCAACAGGAGGAAGUUGAACAAAUCUGGAGACUCCCUUUUCUUUUGUUAAAUUACUUAAAGGAUAAAAUCCUGCUCACCUUGGUGUGCCCUAGAGGUACACAGCUGGUCUGCAAAUUUCCACGUGCUGAGGCCUUUGGAUUUCUGGAAUUUGUCUGUUGCAUUUGUUUUGAAGUGUUGUAUGCUGCAGCUGAUUUUUGCUCUGUUUUGAAUGGGGAGGUGUUCUGAUAAGUUCUUUUUCAGCUUCUUUUCAGUGUAAAAUCUUGGAGAUUGAAGUUUCUGUGAAACUUUUUUUUAAACUGUUUGGGAAUUAACCACUGGCAUUUAAUUCACAAAGACAAUGCAAAUACUUCUCCUGGUUUGUCCAUUGCUCCUGCACUGAAGGAACUAACCACUGGCCUGCCCUCCCCUCCCAUCCCUGCAAUGCAACUCCUGGCAUAGGCUGCAUCACUUGGUCCAUGUUCUCAUGCUCAAUAUGCUGGAGGGCAGAAGAGAAUGGAGUCUGACCAAGUUGUCAGUCUUUGCUCUCUCACACCCUCUUGUCAGUCAUGGUCUAAGAAACUUGCUGCAAAGCUGUGUUGGCAGGGUGUGGGGGAAGGCCUGCAUAAUAAAAGGGAUGGGGAUUGCACUGAUCUCAGUUGAGAGCUUCACUCCCUGAGCUGCUUCUGAAGCUUUACCUUCUUGUGCCAUUCUAAGUUCACUGAAUCGGACUGUCAGAUAAUGGCAGAGCUGUGGGUGGUCUCAUUUUCUGUAGCCUUGGUUUCUGAAGUAGCUAGCAGCUUGAAAUCAAAACCCAUCCCCUGUUAUACCGAAUAGGAAAACUGGCCUAGACAUUGGAUUGUGACUCUGUAAAUGUCCACCCUCUGUCCUGAGAGCACUGCCACCUACCUGGCCCUCCCAGAUGCCCACCAGCCCUUCCAGAUGCCUGUAUAUUCUCUCCCUUCCUCCAGCCACCAGCCCAGGCAAUCUCUCCCACUUGAGGACAGGCACAAAGGAGGCCUUUGUGGGUGCAGAACAUGGGCUCUUGCUGAAUAGACUAAAUCUUCACUGUACCUUUAAUAAAAAAAAUGCUUUAAGCACUUAUCAAUAUGUUUAAUUAAAAUGUGUGUAGCAA